GGCCUCCCAAGAGCUAGGAUUACAGGCGUGAGCCACCGUGCCCGGCGAGAGAUGCCUUUCUUCAUGCCAUACAGUUAGUAGCCUUUCGAGAUGGAGACCAGUAGCCUGUUUAUGGCAGUCCCCCUUCCUCUAGUGGGAAUUUGUCUCUGAAAUACCAGGAGACUGUGGGAGAUUGCACUCUGCCUUUUCUGCCCAGGUGCAAGUGUAGAACUCACCUAACUUCAGGUAAGAAAAACUAGCCUUCUCAAGUUUCCAACCCAUUAACCUAGCCUGGCAACUGCCAAAAGUUAUGCUGAUCUUUUAUUUUCCUCAGUAGAAUACUUCAUGCCUUAAGGCCAAGCCUUAUCUUCAACCUGUGCUCAGAAUUAGCAAAUGCCACAGAGAAGAAAAAAAGCCUGUGAUUGUCAGCUCCCUUAGAGAGAGCUCUUUGCUUUCUUAAAUUUUAGUUCAUCUUGUGUUUGUUUCUAUAGCUUGUGGAGAUCUUUAAACCUAUCUGUUUUACAAUUUGUCUCCUCUUUUGGGGGUGGGUGUUUUAGUUCUGGCAGGAGCGUUCACAUCCUAUUUGGAGACGGAAGUCUGGAUAUCAUUUAUUAGGCAGAGCCUUGACCCCUUCAUCCAGCUCAGCUCUAUCACACAGAUCUGCUUUGCUGUUUUCUCUUGGCUGUGACAAUCUGUCUGGUGGUUAUUAUAACAGCAGUUCACUACCAGUACAAACAAGAGUACCAUAUAUAAAUUUUGUGGGAGGUUCACCAACAUCAUCAAAAAGUUCUAUAGUACCACUGGCCUCAUUCUGUACUUGAUCACCAUCAUAAUCAUAUCAGCGUCCUCAUUUCUCAUCUAAACCAACCACAAAACCAUUGUCGGCCCCAUAAGAUUCAUUGUCACUAUUAGUCCAUUUACUACACCUUUAGUAAUAUUUUAUCUAUUGCGAAAAGCAGUGAAGCAUGGAGUCAGUGUCAAUGUCAAUCCCUCUACUAGUUGGUGGGCUUAUUGAUUGUGUAGCCCAGUUAGUAAGAAUAGCUGAAGAGCUCUUACAAUUGAUGUCACAAGAACAAGUUCCUUGUACAGAACAGAUCGAAGCAGAAGCAUCUCUUCUUGAGGAAGGUUCACUACCAGACCUUGCUGAUCUCUCAGACUUAGAAUCAAUACUUAUACCAUUAGAUGAUGAAGACCUAAUGUUUGAUAUAGAUGAAGUUAUGUUAGACAUAGGUGAUGUAUAUGAAGAUGUAUUCUCUGACAUAAAUGAUGACUUUAAAAGUGACUAAGACCCAGUUUGUCCCCAUCAGCAUGUAAGAAUUGAUCAUCUCUCUGUUUCAAUAUGUUCUGAUUUUUCUGCAUGUUAGCAGUAUGUGUUUUCUCCUAGUUCUGCACAUUUUCAUUAGUCAUAAAUUUUAGAACAAGUUUGACUUGAUUUACUCCCAGCAAAGACUGAUCUCUUUUCUUCUUUGUUUUUAUACAAAAAGCUCUGACUUUAUGCGUAUAGUUGUCUGUUUAUAUGUACUUGUUCUCCUGCUAGGAUUACUGAUGAUAGGAACAAACAAUAGCAAAGAGAAACUCCUCAUCUAACAAUGGAAUGAAGAACUGAUGUACUCUAUCACAUCUUGGGACCCAAUUUAAGUGUUCCACAAUGAAUAGAAAUGAAAAAGGGGAUAUCUCUCAGAAUAGUAGUAUAGUGAAUAUGUUGAGGUACUUUUACUUGAAAAGAUACAACUCCUUACUGUUCCUUUAAGAGAGAAUGUGUCAAACAAAAGAUGCUAUAGCAAACCAAGGGAAGUAAUUCUAAAAGAGCAGCAUCUACUGCAGAAAGGUUUUCAGAUGACUGUUACCAGGGAGAAACCUUUGAAAAAGCUGAGGCCAAGAGGUUCCAAUGCAGCACCGUUCUCACAAAUGCUGAGCCACAUCGCAACUAUUUUGCAGUGUUACUCCCCAAGUGGAAAUGGCACACUAUACCAAAUAACAAAAGAGAAGUACUAGACGGGCUAGACAAAGCCCUACAAGGACUAUUCACCAAUAACACAGAAGCCUAGAGAUGAUGAUCCACGGUGGAAGUGGAUAAAGUAUAUCUUCGUGGGUAUAAAUGAAUUUAAAAAGAAUAAUUGAUAGGUUUAUUACUGUGAACCUGCUGCAACUUCAACCUAGAAAUGUUUCCUGUUGAGAGAUAGAGCACUAAUGGAUUUAAACAAAAUGUGGAAUAGUAUUUCGUCACAAUAAUUCUACAUAUACCAGAAGAGGAAAAUGCAAUAGUUGAAGGACCCUUACAUCGAAGCAGAGAGGGACCAAAUAAAUGUGUAGAAAAUUUGCUGAUUGUAUCAACUCUAUGCUGUACAUUACCCUAAUUUCUAUUUGGAAGAAUAGCUACCCUUCGAACAAGCCCAUUGAUGCUAUGAUCUUCCUUCCUUGAGAAUGACCUUUGCAUCUCAUGACAUGGGCAACAACUAGGUAAAGACAGGUAUAACAUUGGAUAAUGUGAUAUAUGCAGAUUGUGAAGAAAUGAUAUGUAGAAGGAAAUCCACACUGGUGCAAACCAGACUAUGCCAAUUUAUAUUGAAGCCUAAAGCAUAUUAUACUGAAAAGGAUUAAAAUGACAUUUAAUACGGAUGACUUCAUAGCUAACCAACAUGACAGAUGCUGUAUCUAAUACUAAGUGAUAGCUGCAUACACAGAUAAUUAGCUACCUUUAAGGAUAAGUGGAGGCCAUUAUAGACUACAUAACCAGGUCCUAUUUGGAUGAGUAGUAGGCAGGAAAAACAAAUCAGUUUGGCCAUUGAAUUAGGAUACAGUGAUUUAACAAAUUUAACAAGACUGUUGUAUCAGGAGAAUCUACCAUAGACUGUUUUGAAAAUCAGAACUUAUGGAGCUAUUCAACAUGUUAAUAUUAGAAAGUUCCAUAAUAGACUGCUAUAUGGAAGGAUUGAUAAGAGUAGAUAAGGAUCCAUUUUAUGAGAAUACUCCAAUUUGUGAGACUACUCUAGACCUUGAAACAAGAUAAAGACUUAAACCAGCCUAUAAAACAAGUAAUAGACACAAAAUAAGACAGAGACACAAA